CUGACGGAAGUACCAGCGGCCGAACCUCGUGCGACGCGACUAUUGGCGUCCUCCCGUUCAGCGCCGGUUCCGAAUCGUACGAGCCGUACGAUUUGUUGUGAAGUUGUUAUCGUCGUCGCAGGAGCAGAUCCAGGCCAGCUCCUACUAGCGACGCGGAAUCACCGGACGAUUUUAACGCGUACUUAUCCACGACCCCGAAAUACACACCGAUGGCCACCGCGAGCAGCUUCAUUCGCCGAGGAGCGCCUCGCGGAGGUCCCGCGACGGCCGGGAUAGCACCUAGAGGAAGUUCUAAUAGUAGUUCUGCCCCUACUAAUAGUACUUCUAGUUCAGGAGCAGGCUCGGGAUCCACAGCAGGCUCGGGAUUCACAGCAGGCUCGGGAUUCACAGCCACAGGAAGCACAGCAGCGACGAUGGCGCUUCCAGGGACGAGAUUCGCCGCUGGAGCUCGACUGGUGACCUCGUCGGGCCUCGCCGGACUCGAUCAUAUCCUCCUCGCCCUCCCUACCAAGCCUUCAGCCUACCGAUCCUUUAGCCCACCCAUCCUCAGCUUCCUCGCCCCCUCGUGCCGCUUGUUUGGUGCUUCCAUUGCUAGGUUUCCUUGGUCUUGUUAAUCUGUUCCUGUGUUUGUCUCCACGUGUUAUCUCCACGUGUCCACCUUCCCGCCUCUGCAUUCCCUCUCGCACCUCUCCUCUACUCUCCUCCUACCCUCUGUUCAAGCUUCCUUAACCGCCUAUGCUCUUCUCCCUCAAUCUUCUCCUCUCUUUUCCUGUUCACUCAUCCCCCCCUCCUCCUCUUCCAUUUCUCCCCUUUCUUCCCGUAUCCGCUCUCCCCCUCCCUCCUGUAUCCGCUCUCCCCCUCCCUCCCGUUUCCACUCUCCCCCUCCUCCCUCUUCUUCCCCCUCCCGUUCUCCCCUUCCUCUCCCCUCGUCUCCUCUCUUCCUCCACACCACCUCUCGCCAUCCUCGCCCCCUCCUCUCAUUCCCUCUAACCACAAGCCCUGGGCGGCGGCUACCCGGUGGGGGGCAUCGUCCUACUCCUAGAAGACUCACUUUCUCCCCUGCACCUCGUGCUCCUCCGCUUCUUCCUAGCCCAGGGUCUACCCCACUCCCACCCACUGCUGCUCCUCUCGCCCCUCCCGGAUCCCCAAGCGUUUCUCGCCACGCUCCCCGCGCAAGCUGAGGGAAAGGCAGGUUCGGGAGCCCACGCAGGUUCGGGUGGCCGGGCAGGCUCGGGAGGGCUUCCCCAGCCUCAGGGGCUGGCUCGGACGCAGGAGGAGACCAGAGGGGGGGGAGGAGUGGGGGGAGGAGGAGGAGAGAGGGGGGGCGAGGUAGGAGGGGGGAGUGAUGGGUUGAGAAUAGCAUGGCAGUAUCGACGCUUGACACCACAAUUCGCAUCCGAGAAUUCCCAAGUAUCACUAUCAGCAGCAGGUGCAGGGGGAGGAGCAGCAGCAAUGCCCUACUGUACUGAGUUUGACCUCCGCUCACCGCUGUCUCGACCGGCCCUGAGGCAAGCACAGCAGCUAUGCACGUGUGUGCCCAUGGAUCCAGAUGCGCCCAUGGAACCAGAUACGCCCAUGGAACCAGAUACGCCCGUGGCACCAGAUACCCCCUCCCAUCCAGCCUCAGAUUUUACAGAAGCCUUUUUCACCCGCGUGUCAGGAUUUCUAUCCUCACUUGAACCCAGCGAACCAGCAGAGGCUGCUCUCCGCUCACCUGUGGGGUCUGCAGGGGAUGGUGGAAGAGGCCUGGAAGGGGGAGGAGGAGGAAGCGGAGGAGGAGGAGAUGGGAGGAGGUUGGGUCGCGUUGCUGUGCAUUCGUUGGGGGCUCCUCCCUCGUUGCUGCUGUCAAGAAAUUAUGCUCAGUCCUGGCAGGUCCUUGCGUGGCUGCAGUGGCUGAAGGGCUGCAUUCGCGGGUUACCAGCGACAGUCCUUGUAACCGUGCCCAGAGAUGAAGGGAUGGUUCCUCCGCACGUGCUGCUGAGACUGCAGCAUGCAGCGGAUGUGGUGCUGGCAAUGGAAGCUCUGGAAGAGGACAACUCGGAGAUAGCCAGUGGCAUCUCGGAUUACAAGGACGCCCUGGGCCUUAUCCGCAUUCGCAAAGUCUCUGUGCAGAACUCCCUGGUGCCUCGCAUGCCGGCAGUGACCACUCUGGUGCUGAAAGCAGUGAAGAGGAAGCGACAGAUAGUGGUGGAGGAGGCUCAUCCACCCCCUAUUGACGCCACAGGUGGAGCAUCAGGUUCAGGCGGAGGCAGUGGGAGUGGAUCUGUUGGUUGUGGUAGCUCAGGAGGGGGAAGCAAUGUCCUGGAUUUCUGAAAUAUCAAAUUGGUUAGUAAAAUAAAUAAAUAAGA